AUGUCAGACGAAACUGCAGACGACACUUUCCAGCUGUACGACCUCCGCGUCGAAGUCGUCUGUCCUCCCGGGAGGCGCAUCAUGUGCGGCGCGAACGAAGGCGACUACUUCACGCUCCAAGGCGAGAUGCUCUACCUGCCCCCGGCCAGGGCAUCUCCAUCUAUUCGCUCAGUGGCCGCCGUCCUCCCGCUGCUCGCCGCGAAGCAGCGCCCGACGGCCGCGAAUGACUGGAUGUCCACCGACGCCGAAGUCGCCUGCCCCGACCCGUGCUGCCCCAGCCGCCUCCGCAUCGUGCGCACCGGCCUCCGCACCUUCAACCACGGCGACACCACCCUCGUCCCGCUUCCCCCACAGCCCCAGGACGACCCGGCCUCCGCGCACACGCAGUGA